AUGUCUCCCUCACUGGCCAUCAUUGCACUAUCCCACUCUCUGGCCCCACUGCAUCUCAGCAAAAUUUUAGGUAUGUCAUGGCACAUCUCCCUUCAAAAAAACAAAAAAGCCUAUUGUGCAUUGUUCGGUGUCCCAUACUACUCACAUUGUAAGCCCAUUCAUUCAAAAAAAAGGCAUGUCAUCCCAGCUCAUGGCAUCCCUCUACCACUCACAAAACACCCCCCCUCUUGCUGUGCCUCAUCCAAAAAAAGGUUUGUUGUCCCGGUUCCUGGUGUCCCUCUACCACUCAUAAAACACCCCCUUGCCAUGCCUCAUCCAAAAAAAUGGUAUGCUGUCCCAGUUCCUGGUGUCCCUCUACUGCUCAUAAAACACCCCCUUGCCAUGCCUCAUCCAAAAAAAGGGUACAUCAUCCCACCUUGCAGCAUCCCUCUACCACUCACAAAACACCCCCUUGCUGUGCCUCAUCCAAAAAAAAGGUAUGUUGUCCCAGUUCCCAGCAUCCCUCCACCACUCACAAAACACCCCCUCACUGUGCUUCAUCCAAAAAAAAGAACACCCCCUCACUGUGCUUAUCCAAAAAAAAAGGUUGUGGUAUCCCUCUACCACUCACAGAACACCCCCUCACCAUGCUUAUCCAAAAAAAAGAACACCCCCUUGCUGUGUCUCAUCCUACAAAAGAUGGUGAAGACCAAGCAGACAGCUAAGAAGACCACUGGAGGUAGAGCUCCCAGGGUAUCUCUUGCUGGUCUGAAAGCUAGGGAAAAACAAGCUUCCAAGUCAAGCAAGGCCCAUGCUAGGAAGGCCCCUGUUGCCAAGAAGAGAAGGAUGAGGAACUUGGCAAAGGUCACCCAGCUUCCUGUGACCUUCAGGUGUGUUGCCUGUCAUUGGAAAAUGACAAGAUUUGAAAGUCCUCAGCCCUAUUUUGGCUUCUACUUGUCAGGCAAGCCAGUCCUGAAACACCCUCUUGUGGUCAUUGGGGGGUUUGAGCAUGCUACCACCUCUGAAGUGGCUGGUAACUCUACUGCCAUUAUCCACCUCCACCUUGAGUCUCUGGAGCUUGGCCAUGCCCCUGUGCAUAUCCUUCACACCAUGCUGCAGGGAUAUUUCACACAAGACACCUACCACUUCUCACAACUGCCCUUCAACUUUGCCACUGAGGAGUCCAGAGCUGCCUAUGACACUGCAGCAUCAAAGCUAGCUUCAAGUCUGACUACCUUUGCUGAGGUAGUCAUUUUCCUUACUACCCAUACUGAUGAAGACAGGGGGGAUCUGUUCUCUGGAAUGGAGAAUAAGGUUCCAAUAGCCACAGAGGUCUUUGAGUUGCAGUUUCUGCAUGGCCUUCUGUUACCCUUCUCCAACAUUGUCAAGGGUGGAGACCUCAUCUUCUUUGUAUGUGGUUCUACUGUAAGGAAGGAGGAGAGCUUCCAAGGACUGCAGGCAGCUGUGCAACAUUUCAAGCCAAGGUCCAUGCUGCUUUUUGAUGCUGAGAGACUUCAACUAGUCACCACCAUUCCCUUCCUCAUGAGUGUCCUUGACUCCACCAUUGUUCAAGGCUUCCAUGUCCAAAGUGCAGUCAGGCACUCCAACAUCAUCUUGAUGUUGUGGCAGGAGAAGGUAGUGGUGGAGAAAUUUAUCUGGACUGACAAGUUCAUCAGGCCUUUGGGACAACAAUUGCCUGCCCAGUGCCCUCAGUGUUAUAGCAUUCAGAAGUGGGAAGCUGGUUGUUCAGGGCAGACUUAUUCCUAUGAGUGCAAGAAUCCUGGCUGUGGGAAGGACACACAGGGCACAUCUCAGCCUCCCAAAACCUAUACUAUCUGCAUGUCCAAAGGGGCUACCAAACUGACACAGGGAAAGGGGCAAACAUCAUCCUGGCUGUUGGAAUCUUUGUGA